UUUGCAUAGAGAUAAAAAAAAUCACAAGUGAAAAGUUAAACUCCGAACGUUAUCUUCAUUACGCAAUAGAUUGUAUAACAAUUCGAUUACUAUUCUUGAAAUGAUAACUGUUCGACUAUCACCGUCUUCACCACACGAGACAAUGAUUUUUAUUUGGCAGCAGAAUUCAAAGGAAUCCCUUGGCUUGGCACGCUAAUUUGUGACCUAAAGAAUCAUUUAUCACCACCACCCAUUGUCUAUCCACUGCUGGAUGAAGGCCCCCCCACACCAUCACCAUCCAUCUCGCUCCUAUGCACAAACUCAUCUCAUCGCUCCAUCUCCACAGCGGAGUGGAAGACGGUAGCGGAGUGGAAGACGGUAGUGGAGUGGAAGAUGGUAGUGGAGUGGAAGACGGUAGUGGAGUGGAAGACGGUGGUGGAGUGGAAGACGGUAGCGGAGUGGAAGAUGGUAGUGGAGUGGAAGACGGUAGUGGAGUGGAAGACGGUGGUGGAGUGGAAGACGGUAGCGGAGUGGAAGACGGUAGCGGAGUGGAAGACGGUAGUGGAGUGGAAGAUGGUAGUGGAGUGGAAGACGGCAGGGGAGUGGAAGACGGUAGUGGAGUGGAAGACGGUAGUGGAGUGGAAGACGGUAGUGGUGAGACGGUGGUGGAGUGCAAGACGGUAGUGGAGUGGAAGACGGUAGUGGAGUGGAAGACGGUAGUGGAGUGGAAGACGGUAGUGGAGUGGAAGACGGUAGUGGAGUGGAAGACGGUAGUGGAGUGGAAGACGGUAGUGGAGUGGAAGACGGCAGUGGAGUGGAAGACGGUAGCGGAGUGGAAGACGGUAGUGGAGUGGAAGAUGGUAGUGAAGUGGAAGACGGUAGUGGAGUGGAAGACGGUAGUGGAGUGGAAGACGGUAGUGGAGUGGAAGACGGUAGUGGAGUGGAAGACGGUAGUGGAGUGGAAGACGGUAGUGGAGUGGAAGACGGUAGUGGAGUGGAAGACGGUAGUGGAGUGGAAGACGGUGGUGGAGUGGAAGACGGUAGUGGAGUGGAAGACGGUAGCGGAGUGGAAGACGGUAGUGGAGUGGAAGACGGUAGUGGAGUGGAAGACGGUAGUGGAGUGGAAGACGGUAGAGUGGAAGACGGUAGUGGAGUGGAAGACGGUGGUGGAGUGGAAGACGGUAGUGGAGUGGAAGACGGUAGUGGAAUGGAAGACGGUAGUGGAGUGGAAGACGGUAGUGGAGUGGAAGAUGGUAGCGGAGUGCAAGACGGUAGUGGAGUGGAAGACGGUAGAGUGGAAGAUGGUAGUGGAGUGGAAGAUGGUAGUGGAGUGGAAGACGGUAGUGGAGUGGAAGAUGGUAGUGGAGUGGAAGAUGGUAGUGGAGUGGAAGACGGUGGUGGAGUGGAAGACGGUAGUGGAGUGGAAGACGGUAGUGGAGUGGAAGACGGUAGCGGAGUGCAAGACGGUAGAGUGGAAGAUGGUAGUGGAGUGGAAGAUGGUAGUGGAGUGGAAGAUGGUAGCGGAGUGGAAGAUGGUAGUGGAGUGGAAGAUGGUAGUGGAGUGGAAGACGGUAGCGGAGUGGAAGACAGCAGGGGAGUGGAAGACGGUAGUGGAGUGGAAGACGGUAGCGGAGUGGAAGACGGUAGUGGAGUGGAAGAUGGUAGUGGAGUGGAAGACGGUAGUGGAGUGGAAGAUGGUAGUGGAGUGGAAGACGGUAGCGGAGUGGAAGAUGGUAGUGAAGUGGAAGAUGGUAGUGGAGUGGAAGACGGUAGUGGAGUGGAAGACGGUAGCGGAGUGGAAGAUGGUAGUGAAGUGGAAGAUGGUAGUGGAGUGGAAGACGGUAGCGGAGUGGAAGACGGCAGGGGAGUGGAAGACGGUAGUGGAGUGGAAGACGGUAGCGGAGUGGAAGACGGUAGUGAAGUGGAAGAUGGUAGUGGAGUGGAAGAUGGUAGUGGAGUGGAAGAUGGUAGUGGAGUGGAAGACGGUAGCGGAGUGGAAGAUGGUAGUGAAGUGGAAGACGGUAGCGGAGUGGAAGACGGUAGUGAAGUGGAAGAUGGUAGUGGAGUGGAAGACGGUGGUGGAGUGGAAGACGGUAGCGGAGCCACGCCAGCGGCCCUGCUCAGGGCCAAACAACAACGCGCCAGACAAGGCCCUGGGGACAAGGAUCCUCCAACGAUGGAGCGAUGAUGCAGUGAAGAUGGUGCGGUGCAGCAAUGAUGGAGCGGCGAUGGAGCGAUGA